AUGAUGAAAAUGAAAAGUUCAACUAUACUUAUCUUACUCUGCCUAAGUAUUCAAAUGUUUGUUUGCAAAAAUGAAACUUUUGAUAGAAAUUAAAGAAUUCUAAGAGAACUUGCUGAAACCCAAGACACUUGCUUAUAUGUCUUGCUAGAUGCUGGAUCAUCGAGUACUAAAAUUAGACUCUAUAAGUCUGUAUGUAGAAGAUCUUCUUAAAUUCCCUAACUUGAGGCUCUUACCCCAAAAAAUAAUAAAGGAAAGGAUCUAUACCCUGAUAUAAUAUAAGUGGGCGAUAAUAAAAAGAAUGCCCUUACUAAAGUCGAAUUAAAUGAAACUGCCUUCACUAAUUACUUUAAUGUAGCUUUUGAAAUCAUCAAAAACAUGAAGCAAUUUUAUAAAUUCGAUAUCAAGCCUUUCUUAUUUUUGAGAGCUACUGCUGGUGUUAGAAAACUCCCAUAACAGUAGUAAGAAAAAAUUUUGAAUCUUGUAAGAACAGUUUUUAGAAAAUAAGAUAGCUUCUAUUUCUUAGAUGACUCUUGGGCUAAAGUGAUCACUGGAGAAGAAGAAGGUUUAUUCUUAUGGAUUUCUGUUAAUUAUGCCUACUAAAAUAUCAAGCACUAAAAUAAUUAGUAAUUUGAUAUUCAGAAAACUGCUGCAGUUAUUGAUGUUGGUGGUGUUUCUGCUUAAACUGCCUUUCAUAGUACUUAAAAUAAUAAACUCAUUGAUUUACCUGAAAAAACUAGAGUUUAGAUAUACUCAAAUACAGAUUUGGGAUAUGGAAAUGAUGCAAUCCUUGAAUCUUUGUUAGAAAGUACUGAUUCAGCAAGUUGCUUCUAAACGACUAACGGUUUUUCUGGAAAAGUUAAAAAUAAGCAUGAUGUAGAAGUUGAAGUAACUGGUAAUUAUGAUUUUGUAAAAUGCACAAAUGCACUGUUAAACAUAAUGGAAAUCACUAAUUGUUCAUAUUAAAAUGAUAACUCAGUAAUCGAUUGUAGUCAAUUUUCAAAAAUGCAAAAACUAACGAAUCAAAAAUAAAUUAUUGCAACAAGUUCUGUUUUCUAUGCUAAAUAAAACGUAUACCAAAUGCUUAAUUUAUAAGGUGAUUCCUUUAAAUUAAAAGAAUUUAGAGAAUAAAUUAAGUAAUACUGUUCUACUCCUUUAAAAAAUGAGGAAAUUUUAGCUGACAAUAGAAAAUUUACUAGUUGCUUAUAAAUGAUGUGGGUUAGCACAUUCUUGAUCGAUGGCUUAGGUCUUUUAAACAAUGAAGUAACAGCUAUCAAGAAAUAUAACACAUAUAAUAUAGAUUGGUCUUUAGGAUCAUUGAUUUAUGAUAUCAAUACUUUGCAAUGCGACUAUUUAGAUAUGAAUUAAUGUAUUGAUAGAAUUACAAUUAACGAUAUUAGCAAUAAAGAAAUUGAAGAUAAUAAUGCUUUUAGCAGCUCUUUGAUUAUUAAUUCAUUCUUCUCACUAUUUAUUUUAGUGAUAGCUAAUCUCUUUGUUUGA